CAAGGAUGGGAGAGAGUGUGUCCUGCACAGCCAUGUUUGUGAUGGAGUGGACUGUAAGGAUGGAUCAGAUGAACAGAACUGUGGUGGAACUCCAAUUCCCCUUACUACCGCUUAUUUGGCACCAACUACAACCAUUCCAGUCUGUACCAGUCCAUCAGUGUGAUGUGUCGGGGCCUCAACAUUGUGUGCAUCUCCCAAACUCAGCUGUGUGACACAUUGAGAGACUGCCCUGAUGGUUUUGAUGAGGAGUCCUGCAUUACUAAAUGUCCAAACCGAGGUGAAUUCCGGUGUAAGGACAGGAGGAAAUGUAUUGAGAGGAGGCUGGUUUGUGAUGGACGCGCUCAAUGCCAUGAUGGCUCAGAUGAGAUUGGCUGUCCAACGAUGGCUGCUCCAACAUCCCAAACGGCGCCCCUGAAGUGUCGCAUGGGUUCUAGACUGUGCAAGGAUGGGAGAGAGUGUGUCCUGCACAGCCAUGUUUGUGAUGGAGAGGUGGACUGUAAGGAUGGAUCAGAUGAACAGYACUGUGAGCUCCUCUGCAAAGCAGGUCAGUUCCAGUGUGCUCAUGGGAAGAAGUGUAUCGACCAGCAGCAGGUUUGUGAUGGGAAMGCACAGUGCCAGGACCGUUCUGAUGAAAUGAACUGCUUCAAGCCCACCAAGAGCUGCAGUCAUCGCUGUGACAACAAUAGCCGCUGUAUCCCAGAAACCUUCAUCUGUGAUGGAGAGAGAGACUGUGUGGACGGCUCUGAUGAAGAAGACUGUGUGGCAAAGCCUUGUGGCCAGCAGCAUUAUCGGUGCAUUAAUGGUCAGUGUGUGUCUGAGGCUCUCCGUUGUGACGGCCAUGCGGACUGCGGAGACCAUUCUGACGAGGCGGGCUGUGCCAAACCCCCCCACUGUCCCCCGGAGCGACGCUGCCCAAACAGCCAUGAAUGUCUCGUGGAGGAAUGGCUGUGUGAUGGGGAGCAGGACUGCCAGGACGGUUCAGACGAGAGGGACUGUAAGGUGUCUCCAGUGACGUGUGGGGAGUUUCAGUGGAGCUGUGUUUCUAGGAGCCAGUGUAUCCCUGCGACCUGGAGGUGUGAUGGACAGAAGGACUGUGAGGACUACAGUGACGAGGCCGGAUGUGGCCAGGUGAAGUGCUCCAACCAGCUUUACCAGUGUGGUAGUGGAGAGUGUGUGGACCAUUCUCUGCUGUGUGACCACAUCAUCAACUGUCCUGAUGGAUCUGACGAGGGGCAAGGCUGUUCCACCAACAACUGCUCCAGCCCUGGGACCCCCCAAUGUGACCAGCACUGUGUCAGCACCCCUUACGGACCGAGGUGCAUCUGUGCUGCAGGCUUCCGGCUGCAGGCUAAUGGUCUGUCCUGUGUGGAUGUUGACGAGUGUAACGAGGUCCUACCACCCGUCUGCAGCCACACCUGCCUUAACACCCGCAGCUCCUUCCUGUGUCGCUGUCACCAUGGAUAUCUGCUGGAACCAAAUGGUCGCAGCUGCAAGACCCAAGAUGAGGCUCACCUGCUGGCAUCUGUUCAGUAUGAGCUGCUGGUGUUGGGGUUGCAUAGCUCCAGCCUUUCAGUGCUCUCCACUAGUCAGACACCUGUGUUCUGUGUGGAUUAUGACUGGCGAGACCAGAGGGUAUACUGGGUCAGUCUGGAGGAGGAGAGCAUCAAGUGGACUUCCAUCAACACCAAGGACACAGGCACUCUGGUCAAAGGUGUGAAGUCUGACUCUAUAGCUGUGGACUGGGUUGGCAGGAACCUGUACUGGCUGGAUGGGCUGGCCGGUCAGAUUCUGGCUGUGAGGCUGGGCACAUCUACAGUAAAGUCUCAGAACUACAUAGUGGUUCUGGAUGAGGAUCUGGAGCAGCCUCGCUCACUACUGCUGCUGCCACACAAAGGGUUGAUGUACUGGUCAGAGGUUGGUAGCGAUCCCCAGAUAGAGCGGUCAGGGAUGGAUGGCUCUGAGAGGAAAGUGGUGUUGACUCGUGGUCUGAGCUGGCCAGUCAGUCUCUCUGUGGACACUCUCACUGACCGAAUCUACUGGGCAGAUGAAAAACUGCAGUGCAUCGGCUCUGUAUCCCUGGAAGGACACAAUGUCAGGCUUCUGCAGCUGACUGAAAUGCCCAGUCCAUUCUCUGUAAUGGUUUUCAAUGACAUGGUCUACUGGUCUGACACCAAGAGGAGAACUAUUCAAGUAUCCCACAAGAACACGGGCAAGAACCGCAAAGUUUUACUCAAAAGACCUGGACAGCCUUUUGGAAUCAGGAUGAUGCACCCCCUCCAGCAGACCAAUGUGUCUAGCCCCUGUGAGAAGCUCCAGUGUUCCCACAUCUGUCUCUUGGCUCCAGGGCUGUCUUCAGGCCCCAGGGCUGGGUCUACGGGACCCAAAGCUGUGUGUAGAUGUGCAGCAGGGCUACUCCUGGCUGGGGACGGCCUCACCUGCUCCACCCUUGUAGACACCACCUUCCUCUUGCUCCUCUCUCCUACUGCAGUUACACAGAUAUACCUUAGCACCAUCCAUAAUGGUGUGGGGUUGAAGCGGUUGCCUGAGCACCAUAUAUGGUCUCUGCCGGGGAUGCACCAGGCCUCAGGGCUGGAUUUUGCUGUACGGGAGAGGAAAUUAUACCUGGCUGAUGCUGCCCAGGGCUCAGUGGAUCUUCUGAAACUGAGUAGCUCAGGCCUGACACCAGGCAGUAGAGUCCUGAAUCUCCAGGACGAUACAGUGAUGGCUCUGGCUGUGGACUGGGUCACACUCAACCUGUACUGGAGCAGCAGGAAGCAGCCUGACCUACAUGUCACCACCACCAAGGGGCAGCACACUGCACCUCUACUCCAACUAGGCCUUCAGGGAACCACCUCCAUCGCCCUGCACCCCCCCUCAGGACGCCUGUGCUUCACAGCCUUGGGCCAGGUGGAUGUGAGGAGCCUGCCACAGGUGUACUGUGCCUUCAUGGAUGGACGUAGUCAGAAGCUGCUCUGGAGGAAAGCUGUGAUGCCAACCUCCCUUCUGUUCUCCAACAAGGGCACUCAGCUGUAUUGGGCUGACAUAGGUGCUGGAGUGAUCGACUCCAUUCUUCUGGAUGGUUCUGGAUAUAAACAGUUUAAAGCAGAUCCCGGCCUCAUGUCCUUCACACUGGCUGAGAACAUCCUCCUGUGGAGCAGCCUGGACAAAGAUGUGACUAGACUCUGGUUCAGUGAUGGAUUUCAGCCCAAGCAGCUGUGGUUUGAGGUCAAUACCAAUGUAGUGGCACUGAGGGUUUACAGCAAGACCAGUCAGAAAGGAACUAACAGCUGCUCAGCGCGGAACGGAGGCUGCAGUCAGCUGUGCCUGGCCUACCCAGGGGGGCGUAGCUGCCGAUGUGGACGUGGUUACCAGCCUAUCGACACCAAAACGUGUAGCCCCUUCCCCUCCCUCCAGUGUCCAGAGGGCAGCAGGGCCUGUAGUGACGGCAGCAGGUGCCUCCCCCUCUCAAAGUUCUGUAACCACCAAACAGACUGCCUCGACCAUUCAGACGAGAUCAAAUGUGGGUCUGGAGUGAAACCCCAAGAUGUCAGCAAUAGUAAACCUUCCCGUGGGCAUGCUGGAAACACCGUCCCCCCUGGCCAGGACUGGUCUGGGAGUACCACCCCCGGGGGGGUCGAGGUGCAGAAGCUGGACUCGGAGUCAUGUGAUGUCCAGCAGUGUAAUGGACAUGGGAAAUGUGUGACAAGGGGUGGAGAAACCACCUGCCAGUGUGUUCUGGGAUACCAGGGUGUGUUCUGUGAGGAGGGUGAGGGUCCAGGGGUCAGUAAUGCCCCCCUCACUUUGGGCAUCCUCAGCCUCAUUGGUGGAGUCCUCAUCGCUGCCGUCAUCAUCAGGAAGAGCAGAGCAAGAGCUGCAGCUCGGGGCCAGUCCACAGAGAAGGAGACUCUGAUGACCGAUAUGGAUGAAGGGACAGUCUAUGCUGUGUCUUUCAACAACGAUCUGUAUGAUCCUGACCAGGAAUUGAAUUCGUCUGCUGAUGGGACAUCUCAACAUCUGUAAAUGUUGCCUUUCCUCUUCUGCUCUGAAAUAAAGAAUAGUAGUCUAUGUUAAAAA